UUCAAGAGCUGCCUCAAACCUUCAUCCCAAACCCAAAAACCUCCAAAAAGAACUCCCUCUUCUCUUCUGCACUGUCCUCUCCCUUCAUAUUUUGUACUGUUUGUUUGUUUUUUUGUUCUAAUGGCUACCUCCAAAGCCUCAGAUAAAGGCUACCCAGUUUAUGAAACUUCUCAAUCUCAAAUGGGUUUUACUUUAAUUCAAAGAAACUCAUCUCCAAUGUCUCAAACUGGAGGAGAGAGAAGAGGGAGAAGAAAGCAGGCUGAGCCAGGAAGGUUCCUUGGAGUGAGAAGAAGGCCUUGGGGCAGAUAUGCUGCUGAAAUUAGAGACCCUACAACCAAAGAAAGGCACUGGCUGGGCACUUUUGACACUGCCCAUGAAGCUGCCCUGGCCUAUGACAGGGCUGCCCUGUCAAUGAAGGGCACCCAAGCAAGAACCAACUUCAUUUACUCUGACACCUCAACUUUCCACUCCCUUCUCACUGCUUUUGAUGUCCAGACUUUGCUCCCCUCUGAUUCUCACUCCAAACAAUUACAACACUCCCACAUUUCCAAUCAAAACAUCACCACCCCAUUUGCUCAAUCUCAGCCCUCCAUUCCCCAAACUUCCUCAAAUGCCUCCCCUGAUCAUGAUGACACCAAUUUCUUCUUCUCAAAUGAUUCAAACUCUGGCUACUUGAGUUGCAUUGUUCCUGAUAACUGCCUGAAACCCCCUUCAGAUUCCACCCAAAAAAUCCAACCCAAGAAGAGCCAUCCCUCCACUGCCUCAAAUGAUCCUCAAAAGUGCUGCUUUUUUAGCCCAAACUCCAUUGAAACACUCCCUUCUGAAGGGCUGGAUGUGUCUGCCAUGGCAUACAGUGCUGGCUAUGGCUCUGUUAUGGCGGAACCAAAUUGCUCAAAUGAUGGAGUUUGGGAUAAACAGCAAGUUUGGGAGAGUAAUGGUGAUGAACUGUCAGCCAUUAUCAACGGCUCCUCUUCUUCUUCCAUGGUGGCAGAAGAUGGAGCUUUGCAUCCAUUUCUGAACACUUCUUAUGCUGGUUUGCUGCCUCAGUCUUCUGCUUGCUCCCCUUCUGUUCCUCCUUUUGGUGAUGCAUUUGAUUUUGGGUAUCCAUUGCUUUGAGCAGCAAUGGUCUAAAAGAAAGUGAUUUUUUAUUUUUCCCUUUCUUUUUCUUCCAUGUACCUUUCAGCUU